ACCCGACGUCAGCGCGUUCCGCUGACUCCGCUCUCCUGACCAAAGAUACUAGAAGCUCCUCUAUAAUCUUUGCUCCUGACGAGGGGUUGGGAAGAGCAGUUUGUUACUUCGAUUUAUUGAUAACACAUUCUCAGGUAGCUACAUCACUACUAUCGGAGUGGAUUUCAAGGUUCGGACGGUCGAUGUUAAUGGGGAGAAGGUGAAGCUGCAGAUCUGGGAAACCGCUGGGAAAGAACGAUUCCAUACAAUCAGGUCUACGGUUUAGGAGCCGUUGCUGUGGAAGGAGAGACGGGGAUGUGAGCGGCCAUUGAGGGCGGCCAGGGUGCCGGUAAGGCUGCCCCCUCAUCUGCUCGGUUUGUGGGCUGAGCUUUGAAGGGCUGAGCUUUGAGGGGCUGAGCUUUGAGGGGCUGAGCUUUGAGGGGCUGAGCUUUGAGGGGCUGAGCUUUGAGGGGCUGAGCUUUGAGGGGCUGAGCUUUGAGGGGCUGAACUUUGAGGGGCUGAACUUCGAGGGGCUGAGCUACAUGAUGGGGCACAACAAGGAAAAGCGUUAUGAGUGCGACGUGUGUGGCAAGGCUUGGCGGAGCCCGAGCGAGCUGGAGACCCACAGGCGGGUGCACACGGGAGAACGCCCCUUUGACUGCUCCGACUGCGGCAAGAGUUUCAAGUCGGUGCAACAUCUAAAUUCCCACCGGCGAGCACACACGGGAGAACGCCCCUUCAACUGCUCCAACUGCGGCAAAAGCUUUACCCAGUCAUGGGGACUGCAGGUGCACCGGCGGGUGCACAGCGGUGAGCGGCCCUUCACCUGCUCUACCUGCGGUAAAAGCUUUACCCAGUCAUCGGGGCUGCAGGUGCACCAGCGGAUGCACAGCGGUGAGCGGCCCUUCACCUGCUCCACCUGCGGGAAGAGCUUUACCCAGUUGUCGGGGCUGCAGGAGCACCGGCAGGUACACAGCAGUGAGCAGCCCUUCACCUGCUCCGACUGUGGCAAAGGCUUCAAGUCGUCCACGCGCCUGAAGGUGCACAGGCGCCUGCACAUCGUGGAGAGGCCCUACAUCUGCAGCAACUGUGGCAAGGGCUUCACCCACUCCAGCAACCUGCUGUACCACCAGCGCACCCACACUGGCGAGCGCCCCUACACCUGCGCCCAGUGCGGAAAGGGCUUCAUCCAGUCCUGCAACCUGCUGAAGCACCAGCGCAUCCACACGGGCGAGCGGCCCUACACCUGCGGUCAGUGCGGCAAGGCCUUCACCCAGUCCAGCAACCUGCUGCAGCACCAGCGGGUGCACGCUGGCGACCGUCCCAUCCCCAGCCCAGUAUGUGGAGACCGCUUUGCCACGGCCUCCCACACCCUGUCUCACCAGCGCGUGCACACCAGUGGCCAGCCCUACGACUGCCCGUACUGCUGUGAGGCAUUUGACAGCUUGCGGGGGUUGCGACAGCACCGGCGAGCACACGCUGGCGAGCAGCUGCUCCCACUGUGACAAGAGAGCAUGGGUGCUGCGGGAGCAUCAGCGGAUACACACCGGAGAGAGACCCUUUGUGUGCGCUGAGUGUGGCAAGGGUUUCACCCGCAUGUCCAGCCUUUGGCAGCACCGGCGUACCCACAGAUGUGAGCGUCCCUUCCCCUGCCCGUCCUGUGGUAAGGGCUUCACCCACCAUGACCACCUGCUGGAGCACCGGCGAGUCCACACCAGCCGCACGCCCCUUCACCUGCCCGCUCUGUGGCAAGGCCUUUGCCCGCUCCUCCAGCCUGCUGGCACACCGCCACAUGGAUAGGCGCUGUUUAGGUAGACCCAAAAUACUGGAAAGAAUGGGUAACGUUCUGGGCCGAGACCCUCUUCAGUCUUGACCCGAAACAUUACCCAUUCCUUUUCACCACAGAUGCUGCCUGACACGCUGAGUUAUGCCAGCACUCUGUGAAACGUCACCUAUCCAUGUUCUCCACAGAUGCUGCCUGACCCGCCGAGUUACUGCAGCACUCUAUGUUAGAGUCAUUGAAUGAAAGAGUGGAAACAGGCCCUUUGGCCCAAGUUGCCCACAGGAGAUUGUGUCUCUUUUUGUAAACCAGCAUAUGUUGUUCCUUGUAUCUGGUCCUCUGUUUCCCCCACUCUGCAUUGCGCUCGGUCCGCCAAGGCCUAGGACGGAUAUGGACCAAACACAAACACUCCUGGUUGCCAACCAUUUUAACUCCCCGUCCCACUCCCACACGGAUCUUUCUGACCUGGGCCUCCUCCAUUGCCAGAGUGAGGGGACACGUAAACUGCAGGAACAGCACGUCAUAGCUUACAGCCCAAUGACAUGAACAUUGAAUUCUCCAAAUUAAGGAGACUUUCUCACCCCCCCCCCCCCCCCCCCCAGUCCUGGAGUCUCUGACCCUAUCUUUUUUCCAGCUUUCUCCCCCGACUCCAUCAGUCCAAACAAGGGUCCAGACCUGACACGUCACCUACCCAUUCCCCUCCAAAGUGCCGGUAGAACUCAGCAAGUCAGCCAUCCGUGGUGGGAAACGGAUGGACAAGUGUUCCUUAUAUAAGCCCUCCUUGGCCCUGUUGAGGAGCAGACCAUCGACAGUAUCAGCAAAUUCUCAUUCAUACUGUACCCAAGUGAAAAUGUUAAAGUGAGCCAAGCUGCACACAUCCGACUGCUCACAGUACCAGCUGGCUGCCACUGGCCCAAAAACUUAAAGGCAUUUUAAAGUGUUUUUUUUCAAAAGAAAGUCUAGACACGUUUGUGCCUUAUUUAACAAAUAAAGCAAGUUUUUCCUGAC